AUAGAGUUAAUAUAUAUUAUGAUUUAUGAUUUAUUUUUGUUCUUUUAAUAAUUUUAUAUCCAUUUCCUCUUAAAAAUCUCUUUUUUUAUCCUAUGAAUCGAAUAAAAAUUGGGUAAAAUCGAAAAACCUAUUGCUAUUUGAUUCUAUGAUUGCGAAAGAUCGUCUGCUGUCAUUUAAAAUCACAAGGGAUACGUCAAACUCGGCUUGAACAAUUUAGACAAGAUGAAUUUGGGAAGAAUGGCUGGUUUGAAUAUUUUUAACAAAAUUCGUCAAUUCGAGACAUUGGUCAAGCCCACUGGUUUACUUGCACGAAGAUGCACUUCAAUGCAAUUUCCCAAACCUACAUCAAGUCUUGCAAAGCUGAACUACUGUACAAUAGCUAAAACGAGCUACUGUCCAAAAUAUCGUAUCUUGUCAAAGUUGUCUGCACGAUUGACAGUCAAUAUGAGUCAGUCUCGUGCAGCAGGCACACACCAUGGUGAUCAUGUACGUACGUGGGUGAUGGAAAGAUUGGUUUCUGUAUCUCUCCUGGCACUAAUACCUGUUGCACUGCUGUGUGAAAAUAAAAUUAUUGAUGCAGCACUGGCAGUUGCUGCUGUCAUGCAUUCACACUGGGGGCUGGAAGCCAUCGUAAUCGAUUACGCACGGCCCAUCGUGGUAGGUACAAUAGUACCGAAAGUCGCACAUUUAAUGCUGAAUCUACUUUCCGCUGCUACUCUCGCUGGCUUGCUUCUACUUAUCUAUAACGGCCCUGGCCUCGCAAAAGUGAUCAAGCAAGGCUGGGCGAUAAGCAGCGACAAACGUAAAGUUGAUUAAGUACGUCAAUGAUACGGCAGUACGGAAACGGUCGUGUUGUGUAUUACAAAUUUUCUAUAAUAGCUUAUAAAUUACUCCAGAAUAAAUUAUUUCUCCCUCAAUAA